AUGCUCAUAAUAUUUUUUCUUCAAUCUGUUGCAGUGAGAAGAGAAAUCAAAAUUUUAAGAUUGUUCAUGCAUCAUCACAUUAUACGUCUUUAUGAGGUUGUGGAAACCCCAACAGACAUUUAUGUGGUGAUGGAAUAUGUGAAAUCUGGAGAGCUCUUCGAUUACAUCGUAGAAAAGGGUAGGUUGCAAGAAGAUGAAGCCCGCAGUUUCUUCCAGCAAUAA